CAGGCCGACAAAAGCGGCGGGCUCUCCAUUACAUAAUUUCGUGGAGAAGUGUUCACAUAAAGGUUGAAAAUGAAUGGUGUUCGCAGUGCGAAACCUGUCGGCGGUCCGCCGCGGCAGCUGUUCAACUGCGCCCACACAGACUGUAAAGCGACUUUUACCAGGCAGUGGAAGCUGAAGGAGCAUGAGACGGUGCACACCGGCGCGCGCCCGUGUCAGUGCACAGUCGCAGACUGCGGUCGCCGUUUCUCGAGGAAAGCCCACCUGAGCCGCCACAUGCUCCAGCACAAAGGAGUCAAGCAGUUCAAGUGCAAGUUUGCGACCUGUACGAAGAGUUUCUUCAACUCAAGCAAACUGAAAAGACACCUGCUUUACGCCCACGAAGACAAAAAUAAGUACUUUAAGUGUAACCAGCCAAACUGCUCUUUGACCUUCAAAAAGCGCAGACUGUUUAAGCUGCACUUAAAGGAGCAUGAAGCGACUGUUAAAUUCAGGUGUUCGAAGGACGGAUGUACUGCCAUGUUUGACUCCCAUGUUGCUCGCAAAGCCCACGAGAAGAAGCAUGCAGGAUACCACUGCCCACAUGCUAAUUGCCAGGUGCUUGAACACACCUGGGGGAAACUUCAGAAGCACAUGACCAAACACCAAGCCACAUUCUCAUGCCAGGUGUGUAAGAAGGUGUUUAAGAAAACGGAUGCUCUGCGGAGGCACAAACGGAUUCACGCUUCCCAUAAGCCAGUGCUGGUCUGUCCCAGAGACAACUGUCAGGCCUAUUUCUCUACAACCUUUAACCUGCAGCACCACAUCCGCAAGGUGCACCUCGAGCUCCUCAAAUACAAAUGCUCCUUUCCUGACUGUCCACGCAUGUUUGCUAUGCGGGAGAGUAUGAACAGACAUCUGCUUCGCCAUGACCCAAGUGCCAUCACUCUGAAGAAACGUCAGCGGCCCAAGAAAUCCUGGCAGAAGCGUUUGAAUGGGCACCAUCUGCCCAUUGUGGAGGAAAACCUACAUCGCCUCUUCACCCUGCGCAUGCGAAUCUCUAGACGUGCCAAAGUGGAGACUAACCUCUCAGGCCUCUUCAAUGAACGCAAGAUCCCUCAUUAUGUUGAUCCAGAAGUCAACCUGCGCAGCCUGUUUGGCAUCAAACAGUCUCGUCCUUUGGAGGAGAAACCUGAGGUCGCAUCACUGAAAUGUUAAGUGGAAAAAACAUGGUCAUUUACAGUUUAAGUUUGAAGUUCUGAGAUCUUUUGUAGGCUUUGGACUGUUUCCUUUAAAUUUGAGAAAUUGGAAAUUUGGGUCUCUUUUGUUUUGUGUUUAAUGUAGCUGAGAUACAUUAAAAUAUUUUAAUUUCAAAGAUGGUAUUUGAAAUGUCACUUAAAACACUGAUUAGGAUGUCAAGCUUUUGAGAAUUUCAAAGACUGAAUACUUUGUGAAUGCUUGUAACAUGAUGUGUGUUGACCCAAUAAAAUUAGUUACUUUUGAU